UAAAAGAAUAUAAUAAUAUUAGAAAUAAUUUAAUCUAAUUAUAAAUUGAAUAGAGAUCCUAUUUAUAAAGUAUAGUUUAAAAGUGUCAGUGUCGGUGUGUGCGACGACGUAGGUCGAUGCAACGUUAAAAUGUGGGAAGCUCGAGUGCAUUUCUCGUUGCGAAUAAAGAAAAAGUGUGUUCGGAGUGAAUCGGCUUGUAGCUGACUAUAACUUAAAUCUGUUUGGUUCCAAGGAGGAGCCAAACCGAAGAGAGAUAGCGUCCCUCCACGUUUUAAUUACAAGAAGAAUGGCUAUAUAUUCGUGGGUACGAGUAAGACGAGGCCCUCAGUAGGAAGAUGAUAGAGGGCCAGGUACAUCAACUUCCGGUUAGGCUACCGCCUGACAAAAAUCAGCCGGCAACUCAAACACCUGAACAUAAUAUCAACAACUUCGAAAAUGAGCUAUGUACGAGCCCUUUGCUUCAAGGAAGGCCUAAUUCCCACAGGAUGUCACCAACCGAUGGCCGAUCACGAUCAACUUCCGAAUCAAAUGCCAGCGUUGGUACCAAUACCAACACAACCAUUCCUGUUAACAAUAACAACAAUAAUAAUAACAAUAAUAACACUACCAAUAACGUUGCUAGCGGUGUUAACGGGAAUGGUAAUAAUAAUAGCAGUAGCAGCAAUAGCAGCAGCAACAACGGUGGCCCUAACAUGACCAACAACUUGGUCACGGUCAAUUCAAACGGGCACGAUGAUGAGUGUGUGGAAGUGACGAUAUUCGAUGAGAAUUAUGAUAACAACCGUCUUCCUGAUGUAGUUGCUGAAAGUAAAAUCUAUGGUGUUACGGACGACGAUGAAGAACCUACGGAAUCUUAUUGUGCAAUAACCAUACAAGUUUUCAUACCCUUUUUGAUAGCUGGCCUUGGCAUGGUUGGUGCUGGAUUAGUCCUCGAUCUAGUACAACACUGGGUCGUAUUUGAUAGGGUUAACGAACUUAUGAUCCUAGUACCAGCACUUUUAGGUUUAAAAGGUAAUUUAGAAAUGACAUUGGCAUCUCGUCUUUCAACCCAAGCAAAUCUUGGACACAUGGACACUCCUAAACAACAAUGGUACAUGAUCGUUGGAAAUCUCGUUUUGAUACAGUGUCAAGCAAUAGUGGUUGGUUUUCUUGGAUCAGUGGUUGCAAUAGUGAUGGGUGCUUUUAGAAAUGGUACAGUUUCUUUGGAUCAUGCAUACCUGUUGUGUGCCAGCAGUUUAGUUACAGCAUCAUUGGCUUCCUUCGUACUCGGUUUGAUAACCGCAGGUGUCAUAGUAUUUUCACGUCAUUGUCAUAUCAAUCCUGACAACGUAGCAACGCCUAUUGCUGCCAGUCUUGGUGACAUCACGUCAUUAGCCCUUCUUUCAUGGAUCUCGACGAUACUUUAUGAAUCCAUCGAUAAACAGGAUUGGUUGGCACCACUUGUCAUUGCUUGUUAUGUUCUUGUAACACCACUUUGGGUUUGGAUUGCAAAAAGGAAUAAAUAUACCAAUGACGUGUUAUAUUCUGGAUGGACACCUGUCAUGGUUGCCAUGUUAAUUAGCAGUUGCGGUGGUUUGAUAUUAGAAUUCAUGGUCUCACGUUUCGAAAAUCUGACAGUUUUUCAACCUGUGAUUAAUGGAGUUGGUGGAAAUCUUGUUGCAGUUCAAGCUAGUAGAAUAUCAACUGCAUUACACAAACAAGCUGAACUUGGGACUCUUUUGAUACCAACUGGUCAAACUCAUCCUGUCAUUUUCAUCACGCCAAUAGCUAAUUUCUUUGGCAAAGGUAUACAUGCAAGAACAACGAGAGUAUUGAUGUCCAUGGUGAUACCCGGUCACAUAAUUUUUAUUUAUCUAAUUAAUUAUAUGAAAGAUGGUAAUACAUCUUUAACACCAUUAUUCGUAUUUGUAUAUCUUUGUGCUGCUGUGUUACAAGUGGCUGCACUUUUGUAUAUCGCAUAUAUUAUGAUACAUUGGAUGUGGAAAAGAAAAAUAGAUCCUGAUAAUUCGGCAAUACCAUAUUUGACAGCAAUGGGUGAUUUACUUGGCAUCAGUUUACUUGCCAUAGCAUUUCAAUUUUUAUAUCUUGUUGGUGAUCAGGAUUAUGGCGAUCAAAUCAAACCCUGAACAUGAAAGGAAAAAAACAUAUGGGGUUAAA